AUGAUGCUCCCUCGUCUUCCGCCUCUGGCGGCCCUUUUCUCCCUUGCCGCCGCAGCUUUUAUCCCCGGAAUUCAAGAUUCGAUCUCGACCUCAAACCUAACAGGGCGAACUGCCCCCUAUGGCACCUAUAUCACGAAUUGUUACGUCCCUGGAACCGUGGCGAUCACCUUUGAUGACGGACCCUAUAUGUACACAGAGGAACUCCUCGACCUGCUCUCGAGAUACGGCGCAAAAGCUACCUUUUUUGUGAACGGCCACAAUCUCUACGGCAAUUACUGGCUUAUCCAGCGCAUUGUGAACGAGGGCCACCAACUGGCAUCGCACACGUAUAACCAUCCAGAUCUCACUACCCUCGAUGAGGCUUCAAUGAUCGACCAGAUGACGCGGCUCGAGGCUCAGUUUAUGGAGGCGGUUGGGGUGAUUCCGACAUACAUGCGACCUCCGUACCUUGCAGUCAACGACCAAGUCCUUGGCGUGAUGGCUGAUCUCGGUUACCACGUUGUUGGCGCAAGCGUCGACACCAAGGACUACGAGAAUGACCAUCCGGAUCUGAUUGGACGCAGCGUGGAGAGAUUCAAUCGCGAACUGGACCAGGGAGGAACAAUCGUCUUGGCGCAUGAUGUUCACGAACAGACGGUUCGCACGCUUUCGUCCAUCAUGUUAGACGAAGUCUUUGAACGGGGCUUACAGCCUACAACUGUCGGUGGUUGUCUUGGGGAUUACGGGUGGUAUCGCUAA